CGAUCUCAGACUACUUGUCUCCUACCACCGUCUCGCUGUCCGUCCGCGCCCGUUGAGGACGUCCCCUCACCGUCGGCAGCGUGCUCGAUCCUUUGUCAUUCCUUUAGGUUUUCGUUCUAGCGUCGCGCUCGGCCCCGCACGGCAGCGCGCGCCCUUUGCUUCUAGUCCUUUACCUCGUUAUCGCGUGCGCAGCGCGCCGUAAUCUGCACCACAUUCUUUCAAAAGCAUCCGAACAGCCAUGAACUCGAGCUUCACCUUCCCCCCUCGCGCCCCGCCGACAAUGCGGCCGGAAGUAACGCCCCCAGGCAAUGCGGGGCAGCAGCAGUCGGCGUCGAACGAUGCACCGUCCCGGGACUCCAACCUCGUUCGCGCUUCCAUUCUCGACGUGGCUUUGGAUUUGGGGUAUGGUUCCAACUCCACUGUAGCGAAGUGGAUGUUCGAGAACCCGCUUGAGGAGGAGGACGAGGAGAGCAUGAAAUCGCCCGUUACCAUUAACAGUCCCACAAGCGAGGAUUCGGCUGCAGCAUCUGCUAUUACGACCCGCACCACCCCUCCCACGUCUCUGUCUGAUCACCACUACGCGAUGUUCCCCCGGUCAGCAGACACCUUCCACCCUCGUCCCAUGGCGCAGGACCCUCCACGGCUCCCCUCCAUGGUGGAGAGCGAGAGCACGCCGAGCACGGUCACCUUUGCGCCGUCUGCCCCACCCAAGAAGCUACGCAAGAAAGCGCGCGGCGACGGGUACGAAAGCGACGGCGGCUACGUCAGCGAAGCCGGGCGUCGCCGUAAGGCGAGCACGAAGUCGUCUGACAAGAAGGAGGCGCGCGAGGCGAAGAAGGAGGAACGGGAGGCCAAGAAGGAGGAACGGAAGAAGAAAGCGACGCCCAAGGCGGACGACUCCGGGUACUACACGGGCUACGAGACGGACCGGGCGAGCACGGCGACGCGAAAGUCGGGCAAGUCGCUCAAGUCGAAGAAGUCUAAGACGAAGCUGGCGGAGGCGGGGUACGAGACAGACGAUGGGUACAUAUCGGCGGGCGGGAGCCUGAAGCCGAAGAAAUCGCGCUUUUUCAGGCUGGGGAAGAGUAAGGAGGCGCCGCCACCUACGCCGGAUCCGCAUGUGAGGGCGCCAGAGCCGGUCCGGCCUGCGAUGCCUCUUCCUAUCGCCCAGCGGUUCGCGACUACGCUGCAACCGUCGGAGUCCUCGACGGGGGAUGUUGACGAUACAUCGUCCUUGCAGGCGUCUUCGGUCUCGCAGACGACGGUCGAAAGCUCGCGCGGUGGGACCAGCAUUGCCUCCACUAUCACGAGCGCCCAUACGUCCACCGAGGGCUCUGCUCACGUUUCGCGCUCUGCGGACGAAAGCGCUUCCCGGGAAGAGGCUCCUCAGAUGUCGCCAGUGUCGUCAAAGACCGAGGGCCAAGACAUACCCUACCGGCCAAGUUCUCCCACUGGCGAGUCUACGAACGGACCGAGCAGCCCGGUCUCCUACAAGUUGGGCUCACCCAGCAAGCGGCGUCACUCGCUGAGCAAGCGCUCCUCGCUCGACUUCAUUACACGGCCGCUCUCUCGCAUGUCAGCCCGUCGCCUGUCGAACGCCAGCCCGCCUCCCAGCGGAGCGGCGAACUAUCCUGCGAUCUCGUACCCUUUGGGCCGGUCGCCCUCGCCGCCGCCGUCGUCAUCAACGCGACCGAUAUAUCCGCCUCAGUUCUUGGACUUGGACGAAGACAGCCCGACGCGGAGCCCGCAGGAGGGGCGGGGCUUCUUCAAGACGCGCGCGACACCCUCGCCCGCGCCAGCUACCAGUGCUGCCCCAUACACCGAUACCCAGUCUCCUGAUACCCGGACUCCGAAUACCCUUGAUCAGGCGACACCGACCAUACCGAACCGUCUUGCGCCGGCGACGAAACACGACGUCCCCAGGCAGACUCCGACUGCUUUCUUGAAGGAUGAUAGGCACAGGCCGGAUAGGAUCGCCACUGGGCAUCCUGGUGCAGCCGUUCUUGGGCGGUACGACCUGCCGCCACCUAGUCCGCCGCCGCAAGCACCGCUCCCAAGCAUACCUCCCAGGUCACCGCUGCGUCAGGCAGAUAGGGACCGCUCGCCUCUGCCCGACUCCGGCCGACCCUCCCCUGGUCUCACGCGUGCUGCGUCCGACAUGGACAGCCGGUUCGGCCUGCCGCGUUCGCCGCGCUUCCCGCCACGCUCGGCGUCCGACAACGACUAUGGCUUCGGGCGCGACGUCUCGCCUGGAAGGUUAUCGCCGCUGCCGCCUCGCGACCAGAACGCGUACAUGCCGUCUCCGACACUGACUCCGCAAGGCCGCGAGUCUCCUCUGCCGCGUGGAAGGGUGUCGCCUUUCCCUCAGCAGCCUGUGCGACCAGACCUCAAACCGCGGCUGCCGAUCCAGAUCCCUCGUAGCCGGGAGCAGGAGUUCGCCGCAGGAGCGCGGGGCGCGCACUCACAGCCCCCGGCCGACGUGCCCACCGACAGCGACAGCGAGGACGAGUGGGAGCACGACUCGCGGUACACGGAGGAGGAUUCCUCGGAGGGCCCGGUAGUCAGGUUCGAGCUCGCCUCGGACCGCCACCUGUCCCACAUAUCCGAAGGCCCAUCCGCCGCGGACGUCGACGAUUACUACUUCAACGGGCGCGAGAGUCGGUAUACAGAGAGCGUGUACUCACGCGCGAGCACGCUGCUCGAUACGGAGCGCAGCGGGGAGGCGCGUUCGCGGUUGCUCGGCCGCGUCGAGGCGAUGUAUGACAGCGCGGGGCGCGAGCGGAACGCGGUGCCCCCCGUGCCCAAGAUCCCGGAUGCCUUAUUGCGAGUCCCAAAUGGCGGCCUGGCGCCGUCGAACAGUAUGCCAGAUGUACGGAAUGGCACACCCACGCGAACCGGCGUGCUCGCGCGGGUGGGUGCCCUCGAAGCGCGGGCGGCGGCUGGGGGCAGGUUCUGAAUUUCUUGAAGCCGGCGUGCGCUGCUGGUAGACCGCACGCGCGGCUAACUUAUUGCUGUACUUACUUGCUUUCGUUGUGUUUUUGUUAGUUAGGUUGUAAUCCUGGUGUACAUGCUCUUGGACAAUAUCGUAGGUACAGGGCCCGCUAUGGCAUAUGGCGCAGGCUCUUUUGGCGGUACAUAUCUCUCACCAUACCAUACAUGGGCGCACAAUAACCGAAGCUUUCCUUUCUGCACACAAA